AAGGUUCGUUCACUCCAAGCACUAUACUAUACACAUCAUGUCGUUACCAUUGCCUUACUACAAUGACGAUCCAAAGUCGUUCGCUUAUCCAACAAUUCAUAAGCGUUGGCCAACAAUCAUUCAGGAUGCCAUUAAAGAUGUCGAAUCAGCCAGUGAAAAACCGGGCAAGUCGGAAAUCUUGUCCAGAUUGAACAAUCUUUUAACUGCAUUCAAAAACGAUGAAGUGGUUCGUGAAUUCACCGACACUGAAGUCAAGUUGGUUCCUGAAUUAGCUUAUUAUAACACUAGUCUUGAAGAAUGUAACAAGGUCAAGAAGGUUACUUGGCAGACUGGUCCUUGGUUAUACCUUGAAUGUUACCUUUAUCAAUUCAUCAAUGUGAUUUUUGUUGAAUUCAAAUGGCAAAAUUAUGAUGUUUUUCAAAACUUGAAAACUCAAACUUUUAAACUGAGUGAAUUCGGGGUGUUGGAAUUAUGUAAGAGAUACCAAAGUCUUUCUAAGCAAUUGGAAUCAGUUAAAGAUCAAGAAACUCUUGAAUUGUUAUUUAACGAGUUUAUUGACAUUUCACUUUGGGGUAAUGCUACUGACUUGUCGUUAUUAGCUGGUAACAUUACAUUGGAAGAUAUCAAAUCUGUACAAGGUGCUGAAGUCAGAAAAAAGAAUGAAGAAAACAUCUUGAUUAAUGACUUAUCCAAGGCUUGGAAACACUAUUCUAGUCAAUCAGGCAAAAGAAUUGAUAUUGUUUUGGACAAUUCUGGGUUUGAAUUGUUUGCUGAUUUAAUUCUUUCAUUAUUCUUACUCGACACAAAAUUAGCUGAAUCUGUACAUUUACAUUGCAAGGAAAUUCCAUGGUUUGUUAGUGAUACCAUGCCAAAGGAUUUCCAAGAUUUGCUCAACCAAUUGCAAGAUCCAAGCUUCUAUCCAAACAUUCACAAAGACGAACCUGAAGCUAUUAAGUUAGUCCAUGACGAGAUUGAAAAUUAUUUCAAACUGGGUAAGAUUGUUAUAACUCACGAUCCUUUCUGGACCUUGGAUUACAAUUACUGGUCCAUUCCCAGAUUCCCAGUGUACAAGGAGCUUUUAAAAUCAAAUUUGAUUAUUUUCAAAGGAGACUUAAACUAUAGGAAAUUGACUGGUGAUUUACAAUGGGACAAGACUACCCCAUUCAAAACCGCAUUACAAGAGUUGGCCACUUCGAAAUUACCAGUUCUUUCAUUAAGAACAUGCAAAGCUGAUGUUGUUGUUGGUUUACCUCAAGGAGUAAACGAAAAGUUGAUUGAGCAAUACAAGAACAUGGGCAAUGAAAUUGGAGAAUUUUGGAGUAGUUCCGGUAAAUGGGCAGUUAUUUCAUUCAAUCAAGGAAUAUAGAUUGACAAUAAAUAAUAAUAGAACUAAAUAUAUACAACAUAACUCGUAUUUACAUUUCGCCAGCUUUUCUGGAAUUACAAGCAACAAUCUUGAACUUUUCAACUUGAACUUCAGUAUCAACACUGUCAUUACCAGAGCCACCACCAGUUACAUCACUCAUUUUAAUCAACACAUUCUUGAUAAUAAAAGUCCACACAUCGUCACAAAAUCUAUAAGUAUCCAAAUCACCUUUGAAUGUCAACUUCGAUUUUGCUAUAUUACUUUCAUGUUUAAGCAAAUCACUGAUAAUUCGAUCAAAAUUGGUCAAGAUUCUGUUGGCUAAUUGUGGUGGGAUUCGUUCAUCAGAAAUAAGCGUAUCUAACGCAUCUGUCAACGUUACUCCGAUGGUAGAUCUUCUAUAAAGUUCAUAAUAUGCUGGUGCACUCAUCUUAACACACAACAGCAAAGAAACAUUAAUAAUC